AUGCUGCGGACUUCCAUGUCAGAAAUCCAGGUGCGAGAGGAUUCAUCCAUUCACUCUCAUAAUCCACAAGAUGACUACUUGGAAAUAGACUCACAGGAAGGUGAGCCAGAUGAUGAAUAUCCUGAGGGUGGGCUGCGGGCGUAUUUGGUUUUGGUCGGAUCAUUCAUCGGAUUGAUAGCUAAUUUCGGUAUGCUUAAUUCUGUAGGAGCUAUCCAAACCUAUAUCUCUAUGAACCAGCUUUCAAGCGUUAAGUCGCUGACAGUGUCAUGGAUCUUUUCGAUCUAUUUUGCAUUAGCGUAUUUUGGUGGGAUAGUUGUUGGGCCGUUUUUCGAUGUUAGAGGUGCCACCAUCCCAUUGGUUGGAGGUUUGAUCCUCAUCGUUGGCGGGUUCAUAGCAGUGGCCAACUGUACUCUGGUUUGGCAGUUUAUUCUCUCAUUAUCACUUUGUGUUGGGAUUGGUAACGCACUUUGCAUAACUCCAUUGGUUGGAGUGAUAAGUCAUUGGUUUUACUUGAAAAGAGGUCGGGCCAUUGGACUUGCUACCACUGGUGGUUCAGUUGGUGGUAUCAUUAUCCCCUUGAUGCUCAGAGGGUUGUAUCCAAAAGUUGGCUUUUCGUGGGCUAUUCGUAUUCUAGCACUUUUCAGUCUUGUGUGUAUGGUAAUUUCCAUAGUGUUGGCUAAGGGUAGAUUAUCACUUGUGCAAAGGGAGAAAUCUAAGGAAAAGUCUAGUACCAAGACAAAGAAAAAGAAGUCUGUGCCCGGUAAUAUAGACCUGGCUGACAAAGCUAGUUCUGUGAUCACGACAACCUCUCCUCCCCUUACCCCCACAGAUGAUAUAUCCUUGCAUACUUUGACAGAAAAUCGCCAUGAAUCUUCACCUGCCAACAAGUUUAAGAAUCUAAUUGGUGGAAAAGAUGUCAGGUACUUCAACUUUGCAAACUUACUUGACGUGAAAUACUCGCUUCUUAUUGCCGGCGUAUUCACUGAAGAACUUUCGUUGAUGUUGAUUGUUACGUAUUUUGCUUCCUACGCAAUUGCGCAGAAUGUUUCCGAAUCUAACUCCUACUUAUUGUUGACUGUCUUCAAUGCAGCUGGUGUCCCUGGGAGAUGGUUGCCAGGGUAUGCAUCGGAUAUCAUCGGACAUUUCAAUGUAAUGAUCCUUAUGUUGGUUGGACUUUGCCUUUCCAUCUUCUUACUAUGGCUCCCAUUUGGAAGCAACCAUGGGGUAUUGUGGGCAUUUUCUGUAUUGGGUGGAUUCUUUUCAUCGUCUAUUUUGUCCCUUACUCCGGUCUGUUUGGGGCAAAUCACACCUGUAUCCAAAUUUGGUGAAAGAUAUGGAAUGCUCUAUUUCUUUGUGAGCAUCGGUAAUUUGUUUGGUUUACCUAUUGGGGCUGCGAUCAUUGGUUCCGGAUCCAAGCACAACUACGAUAUGUUUGUAGUUUUAUGUGGUAUAUUGGCCGUCGUGGGUAGUCUAUGCUGGCUUGGCAGUAGGUAUUGCAUAGCUGGGCUUCAAUGGAAUAUUAAAGUAUAA